AUGAGUCUCAAUCUGCCAAUGCGACCUAGCACAAGCAGCCAGCGGAACCGGGACAGUCGUAAUAAUUACUUCAACAGUUAUACCCCCCCAAGCUCCACGGAGGCUAUCAAUGGGCCUGUUAGAGAAUUAGUGAGGGAGCAGACGCCUCUGAAUGAUCGCUUGAUUGUGGGUGUUGAUUUUGGAACUACCUUUUCAGGUGUUGCUGCCGUAUACACUUCUACCCCUGAUGAUAUAGAAAUCAUCAAGACUUGGCCUGGCGGCAAUGGUAUUACAUCGGACAAAGUCCCAACUGAGAUUGCCUAUGACUUUCCUCCCAAUGCACCGCAAGGCACUGAACCGACAGUAAAAUGGGGUUUCCAGUUCAAGCCAGAGGAGUCACGUCUUCGCUGCAUCAAGCUCUUUCUAGACCGAUCUCAAAAACUCCCCUUCUACGUCAGCCCGCUCGACACAGCCGCACAGCUCAAGCGCUUCAACAAAAAUGUCGUCGACGCCGUGAGUGACUACUUGACUCAGAUUUACAAACAUACCAUGGAUACGCUCACACGUAGGUACGGCGAGUCGUUCAUGGCGUCGACAAAAGUUGAGUUUGUACUCACUUGCCCGGCUGUUUGGAGCGAUGCUGCAAAGAACACUACGCUGCAGGCUGCUGAGAGAGCGGGUAUGGGGUUGAGGUCCGAAAUUCAGAUGAUCAGUGAGCCUGAGGCUGCGGCUGUGUAUACGCUCAAGGCGAUCCAGCCGAAUCAUCUGAAUGUGGGUGAUAAUUUUAUUGUUUGUGAUGCUGGAGGUGGUACUGUUGAUUUGAUCGCGUAUAAAAUUAUCUCGCUCAAGCCGCUCCGUGUAGAAGAGUCUGCGGUUGGAACAGGAGGGCUGUGUGGAAGUGCUUUCUUGAAUUAUCGAUUUGAAGAGCAUGUUAGAGGCCGUCUCGGUCAGACUAGGUUUGAUGAGAUGAAGGCUAAGAAAGGCAAGACAUGGCAAAUGGGUCUUCGAUACUUUGAAGAGUUUGUGAAACGGAAUUUCAAUGAGGAUGAGCAUCAGGAAGUCAAUGUCCCGUAUGUAUACCCGAAUACCUACUUGGUUCUCGCUAACCUCCCUAGCUUCCCCGGCCUUCCCGAUGACGAAGAUGCUGGGCUGGACUCAGGCUUCCUCGUCAUGACGGCAGAACAAGUCAAGGACAUCUUCGAGCCUGUAGUCAAAGAGGUCUGUGACCUUGUCCAGGGCCAAGUCACAGGCCUUCGCUCCAAAGGAGGCAUUGUCUCCGGCAUCGUGUUAGUCGGAGGUUUUGGCCAGAGUGAUUACCUAUAUCGUCGGCUCAAGAACCACUUCACAAGCGCUGCUCCGCCGCCGUACAGCGAGAGGCCUACGCACGCCAAUGCCAAUUCCACACAGGAAGCGGGCUCCAUCGAAGUGAUGCAGCCAGUGUAUGCUUGGACGGCGGUUGUGCGAGGUGCUGUCUUGCGAGGACUGGAAGGCAACAUGGUUAUUUCUCGCAAGUCGAGAAUGCACUAUGGUACAUCGUAUGCUACUGUGUAUGACGAGGAUAAGCAUUCGGUCAGUGAACGAUACUGGUCUCCCUUAUGGGAACGCUGGAUGGUCUCCGACCGGAUGCAAUGGCAUAUUGCCAAGGGCGAGGCUCUAUCACCACUCGCACCCAUCGCAUUCCACUACACACGCAACUUCCGCCCCGGUCAAUCCCUCAUCGUCACCGACGAUCUCAUAGCAUGUGACGCGGACGAACCACCUGCAGCAUACACUCGCGACCUGAUCCACGUGUGUACCCUCACAACAGACCUCAACGCCGUUCCAAGGAGUUUAUUUACGAGAUUAACGACGACGAGAGGCGUUGAGUUUGAUAAUUUAGAUUUCACACUGGAAAUGAGGGUCGAGAGUGCGGGCUUGGGAUUUGAGUUGAAGGUUGAUGGGGUCAGGUAUGGAAGGGUCGAGGCUGAGUUUCACUAG